AUGCGGUACAUCCUAAUCUCCAUUGUGUUAAGUUUGACCUACUGCGGUGAUCUUACUGCCAGCUCCCAGCCUCUUCCUCAUGUCAAACAUUACGAUGUUGUCAGACCGCAGAGACUGAGUAGAAGUAGAAGGAGUGUUUCCGAUAAGGGAACGGAUGGUCCUGGGACACAAUAUCCAGCAGAAGUCCACUAUGACUUGCACUUCAAUGGCAAGACCCACACAAUAUUUCUCGAGAAAAACAGGCUUCUCAUUGGAGAAAACUACACUGAAACUUAUUAUAAAGAAAAUGGGUCCAGAAAAAUCACAUCUCCAGAUUUGAAUGACCACUGUUAUUAUCAUGGACAUAUUCAGGGAAUAGAGGAUUCAUCAGUGAGUGUGGGAAUCUGUGAUGGGAUUAGAGGAUUUAUCAAGGCAGAGGAUCAAGUCUAUCUUAUUGAGCCUCUGAAUAAUGCAAGUGAUGGAGACCACGCCCUCUACAGACAUGAGCACCUGAGAAUGAAGAGGGCCUCCUGUGGUAACGUCAACGACACAGUUUUUGACAAUGGCCCCAGAGUCGCCGGCCUGUUCAACCCUAAGGGCUGGAAAAGAAGGCCUGCUUCCCGUUCUCAGAGAUAUGUUGAGAUGUAUCUUGUAGUGGAUAAUGCUGAGUAUGUAAACUACAGGAAAAGCCUGAAGGAAGUUAGGGCAAGGAUGCUAGAAGUCGCAAAUCAUGUCGAUAAGCUGUAUCGUCCUUUAAACAUCCGGAUCAUGCUGGUUGGUUUGGAGGUUUGGACUGUGACAGACCAGAUCCUUGUUAGUCUUAGUCCUGAUGAUACACUGACCAGGUUUAAUCAGUGGCGUCAGGACACUCUGGUCAAAAGAGUCAAGCAUGACAAUGCACAGUUUGUAACUGGAAUUGAUUUUCUGGGUGACACUGUUGGACUGGCAACCAAAUUUGCAAUGUGCACUGAAAAUUCAGCAGCAGUCAAUCAGGACCACAAUGAAAACGCCAUUGGCUUAGCCUCCACCAUUGCACACGAGAUGGGUCACAAUAUGGGUAUGUCCCAUGAUGAUACAUACUGUAGCUGUCCUGCAUCAACAUACAGUACCAACUGCAUCAUACUGAUUGCCUUAAAUAAUUAAAUCCUUUUGUCUUCAUCUCUUAGUUCAGUCUUUCCAGAGCUCUUCAGUGAUUGCAGCCAGGAGCAGUUGGGGGUGUUUUUGGACAAUGUUAAUCCCAGCUGCAUCCUGGACACCCCUAGCUCAGACAGACUGUAUGGGGGGCCUGUCUGUGGCAAUGCUUUCCUAGACCCCGGAGAGGAGUGUGACUGUGGCACCAUGGAGGAAUGCAAGAACCCCUGCUGUAAUGCCUUGACAUGCAGGCUCGCUGAAGGAUCUCAGUGUGCACAAGGAGAGUGCUGUGAGAACUGCCAGUUCAAACAAGCGGCAAGCUUGUGUAGGCCUACCGCAGGUGAAUGCGAUCUUCCAGAAUACUGCACGGGACUUUCAGAGCAGUGUCCGAAGGAUGUCUUUAAGAUGAACGGGCUGGCUUGCAGCUCUGGUCAGGGGUACUGUUACAAUGGCCAGUGCCCCACUCAUCGACAGCACUGCAAAAGACUUUGGGGUCCAGAUGCACAAGAGGCUCCAGGCAUCUGCUUUAAUCGGAACACUCAAGGGGAAAGAGAUUCUAACUGUGGAAAGACAGCUAAUACCUACAAAAGAUGCUCUGGAGAAAAUGUGCAAUGUGGAACAAUAUUUUGCAUAGGAGGAAAUGAAUACCCCAUUACUGGUCAGAAAGCCAUUGUACGUAUAGGUCUGGCAAUGUGUAACAUAGCAGGAGAGCAUUCUGGGUCAGAGGGCCUGAGUAUGGUGCCCACUGGAGCAAAAUGUGGGCUCAAUAAGGUAUGCUACGACCACAUUUGCCAAGACGUCAAAGUGUAUGGCCUUGAUGUGGAUUGCUCACUGAAGUGCAAUGGCCGUGGGGUUUGUAAUCACCUCAAAGAAUGUAACUGUGAGCCAGGCUGGGCUCCACCCUACUGUGAUGUCAAAUAUACUGACUUGCCUCAAAACAAGAAGACGGUGAUAAUCAGUGUCGUCACUGUAUCAGCACUCCUGCUUCUAUUUAUUUUGUUGGUUGGAGGAGUGAUAUAUUACAAAAAAGGAAAAAAACACUUCUUGAGAGGGAAGGUUAAGGUCCCGCUGGACACAGGCCGGAUGAACCCUCUGUUUGAGAAGCGUAACUCAGAUGACACUCACAGGACUCCUGUCCAGAUCAGUGAACCCACUUUCGUAGAUUCAAGUGCAACUCAAGCCUGCACUCCACUAGUGGCCAGGGCAGCCCCUGUCCGCCCGGCUCCUCAACCACCUAUGCCUCCAGUUCAGUCCAGUUCUGUGGAGAUGAAGCCUCUACCUCCAACCAAGCCUCUGCCUCCACUUUAUGUCAGACAAGCAAGCAAGCCAGGUCCUCCCCCACUGCCUCCAGUGAAGCCAGCUGUAGUGAAUGCGUCCUUGAAUAAACAACCUGCCGGAGGAGAGGGAAAGCUUGCACUGAGGCCUCCAACCAUACCAAGAAGAUGACUUAAAGAGGAAUCAUCCUGUGA